AUGGACGGAGACAACCAGACUACAGUCACAGAAUUCCUUCUCCUGGGACUCUCUGGGCAGUCAGAGCAGGAAGACGUUCUCUUUGGGCUCUUCUUGGGAAUGUACUUGGUUACCAUCAUUGGGAACAAACUCAUCAUCUUGGCCAUCAGUGGGGACAGUCAUCUCCACACCGCCAUGUGCUUCUUGGCUAACCUCUCCUGUGUCGACAUCUGCUUUUCAUCAGUCACAACCCCCAAGAUGCUGGUGAAUCACAUAGUGGGAAGCAAAGCUAUCUCGUAUGUGGAAUGCAUGACCCAGAUCUACUUCUUCAUCACUUUCAUCAACAUGGUUGGGUUCCUCCUGAGUGUGAUGGCCUAUGACCGUUACGUAGCCAUCUGUUGCCCACUCCAAUACACCAUGAUCAUGAAGCCCAAACUCUGUAUCCUUCUGGUGGCGGCAUUAUGGGUCAUUACAAACCUACAUGCUCUCCUGCACACUCUUCUCAUGGUCCAACUCACGUUUUGUUUCAACAAUACCGUGUAUCACUUUUUCUGUGACCCCUAUGCCAUUCUAGGGCUGUCUUGUUCUGAUACCUUUAUCAAUGACCUGAUGGCAUUCACUGUGGGGGGACUGAUAUUUCUGAUGCCGUUUACAUGUAUCAUCCUUUCAUACGCUUAUAUCCUCUCCAGUGUCCUGAAGCUGCCAUCUGCCCAUGGAAUAAGGAGGGCCCUGUCCACAUGUGGAUCCCACCUCACUGUGGUCUUCCUCUUCUAUGGGGAAAUCCUGGGGGUCUAUAUGCGCCCUUCAUCCUCCUACUCAGUCCAAGACACGAUGGCCACUGUCAUCUUCACAGUGGUGACUCCCCUGGUCAAUCCCUUCAUCUACAGUCUGAGAAAUCAGGACAUGAAGGGAGCCUUAAGGAAACUAAUCUUAGAUUCUAGAAUUAGAAAAUUUUAG